AUGGGGUUGGAUAGGGUGAGAUGGGGAAAAAGGAUGAACGACAAGUGGUAUAGUUGUACAUAUUUCAAUUUUGAAGAAUUUAAGAGUUGGUGGGGUUGCCAUGAGACACAAGUUACUGGUCACAAACACCCCCCUACAUCCCAUCUACCUCGACCACCACCCACCACGACAGCCGUCACAAUAACCACACCACCACGACACGCCAAAUUCCGAAACCAACAACCUCCAUUGUCGCCAAAAACCACCACAACCACCGCCACCAAACACACUAACAAUGCUCAAUUCACAACCUCACCAACACCACCCAAGCGUAAUUUUUCAGCUAGUUCCACCCACCAGAACCAUCACCAACUCAACACAUCGCAGAACACCAACAUGCCACAAUCACCACGACCACCACCGUCGAUCAUCACCGCCAACGCCAAAAUAUGUAAGCAGCCGCCACCACCACCACCCAAAUAUCACCAAAAAAUACGACAGACAACAACUCAAUCCAAAGCCAUUCCCAUCUCCACCACCACAGCGAACAUCACCACCACCGUAGCCAUUACCACCACCAUAUGA